AUGCCUUUAAUCGAAGAACUACCAGUCACCACAACAGCCCGCGCCUCACAUGGCUGGAGUUACGUUCCUGACAAUGUUGCCCCUGUUCCUGCCCUCCAGCUGGGUUCCCGCAAACGUGGUCGCGAAGGAACGGUAGCACAUGCCGCUGCACAUAAACUUUCGGCGAAGCAAGAAAAGGCUAUCCAACAGCGACUGAAUGACUUGAAUAAGGAAAACUAUCGCGAUGCCCACAUCCCAAUACCGAAACGAGAGGGUGCAAAGGGAAAAGAGAGGAAGACCACACAAAAUGUAAGGCGGAUUCUCGCCUACAAUAGGACGUUCCAGCAUUAUCUUGCAGACGAAGAAGCAGGGGUGAAUGUUUAUGGAAGUGCUGCCAACGUACCUGCUGCCACGGUUGCUAGAGGUCAAGCAAGACAGGAACCGACGCAGAAGACAGCAGCAGACUCUAGGAAGCGGAGUGCUGCUGCGAACGAUACUCCAUCAACCAGUGCUCAGAAAGGAUCUUCGCGCCGUCGGAACUCGUCUAAAAAUGCCAAAACCACGCCUGUGAAGAAUGCAGAGGGGGAGAGAGGCAGCACUAUUGAUGUCGAGAUGCCCGACGCGCCUCCACCUACGAAACCCUCAGAGCAGACCUCCCCAACAACAACUGUCAAAUCCACCCCUUCCACUGGAGAGAGACCGCAACCGUCCUCACCACCUUCAGCUAGUCAAGGACACCUUCCAUCCUAUGACCCAGCUCUCGACCGCGAUCCGCUCCUCCGUACGCUUAACCUUCCCAAGAUGCCAUCAGAACGCGUCAUGCAAGCUCUCCUAUCCGAGCCUUCGCUGACUUACGUUGCCGCGCGGGCCAAACCACUGGAUCAAAACAUGGCGGGUGAUGGAGGUUUCGCCAUGCGCACGGGUAACAACUCACUUAUGGCCAAGCCCCAGCGCUGGUUCUGUUCUGCUACUGAAUUGAGGGUCUCACUCUCACUCUCGUUUACUGCGGUAGGUGUCACCGACCUGCACCUCUGGAAUCACUCUUGUGGCUCACUGAGCGAGAUCAUUUGCUGGGAAGCAUACACCUCAAUUUUCCUCUUGCUUUCUAAAGAUGAUAGCAUCGGCAUACUCAUCGCCGGAAGUAAAUCUGUGUCAUAUGUCUCCAAAUACCGGGUUGUCGAUGCUCCAGCCGCUGUUGACACUAUUGGAGACGAGCCGUCACUGCAUAACAAGAUCGAUGACGAUCUUCCUCCCUUCCGUGCCGUGGUGUGCGAAUGUCCGUCGCUCGAUCCAGUCCCAAUUCGACUUCCAGGAGCGAUGAGCAGCUCCGCCAACAAAGCUCGAACGAGUGUCAAAGCGUACGACCGCCCGUGA